AUGCGGAACCUGGCAGAGAUGUUUGGAUUCAACUUCCUAUGCUUUAAGAAGUGGAUGGGUUUCCAGAGCUGGCUGCAGGGCAGAACGGGAAGCGUACUGCUUGUCGCAGAGUGGCGCGAGGCGAAGCCCAUCAUGGAAGUCCUUGACAAGACCACCGAACAGCCGGAUCUCAGAAUGUGCGUUGUGGCAAGGUCAGAAAAGAUGCUCCGGCGUGCCGACGCAUGCUCGAAGAAGCUGAAGGUUAACAUCAUGCUUUCGUCCGGACUAAG